AGUCGGAAAGACCAGAGGAAGGAGCAUCCACCCUCCGCCACCACUCGUGCCCACCAGCCCACUCACCCACCCAUCUCGCCCUCCAGUAUCCGUAGACUACGUACCUACUUUCGUACCAAGGCCAAGGUCAACCACGCCCCCCUACCGCACGAGCAUCGAAGCAUCAGCACCCACCACUCAGCUACCUUAGCUACCGUACAUACAGUCUACGGACCUGUCGAAAGCUGUGCUGGCUGUACCAGAUUCUCCUCGCUCUUGUGCAGCACACCGCGCUCAGUCGCUUCUUCUGCGUUGCAGCACCUGCAUCCCACAGUCUCCUGCAUCCCGCCAGCCAGAUCAGACAAGAGUCAGUUGCUUUCUCGGGACUCCCAUCUGCCAUCUCGUCAAGUCAGGUCCCGACCUCUACACCAGGCCAAAUCCAGACACACGCCAACCCCGAUCAAAGAAGAGGCACACCCUACGCUAUACGCAAAGAGGAACCCUUCGACAUCCCAUCCUCCUCGCCAACCCCACUCAACCUUUAGUCUCCCUCUCCUCGGUGUACGGAGUACCUACCCUCUCAUACGCCUACGGCACUGUUCGCCGCCUUUGGCCCAGGUUCCAUACACACACCCAGCUCGUGGGCCUUCCCACCCCUGUCCUAUCUCCGAUCCAGACGCUAAGGACUCGCUCGGCCUGAACUCAAGCGGAGAGCCCAGCCCAUCCAUUACUACUUAG